AUGAAGAUUGUCGUCCGUUCAAAUUCCAGAAUCGAUUUCACCCUGUCGGUUGAGGACAAUCAAACUGUGCUAGAACUCAAAGAAAUGCUCGAAAAAAAAACUCGCAUAAAAGUGGAUGAAAUGUUUCUCAGUCACAGAGGACGUUUACUGUACGACGAAGCAGAGUUGGGGACAUGUAACUUCAAAGAGAUGGAUAUGGUUAUCAUGAACAUACGUCUUCUCUCCUGUAAAAAGUGCUCGUGUUAA